AUGGAGAACACAUAUUCACAUGCACUGAAGAUGUCACCUCAGGCAACACGGCAAGCAGCACCACCAAGGUCACUACUGGCCUACAACACUGUGGCAACACGGCAACCAGCACCACCAAGGUCACUACUGGCCUACAACACUGUGGCAACACGGCAACCAGCACCACCAAGGUCACUACUGGCCUACAACAUUGUGGCAACACGGCAAGCAGCACCACCAAGGUCACUACUGGCCUACAACACUGUGGCAACACGGCAAGCAGCACCACCAAGGUCACUACUGGCCUACAACACUGUGGCAACACGGCAACCAGCACCACCAAGGUCACUACUGGCCUACAACACUGUGGCAACACGGCAACCAGCACCACCAAGGUCACUACUGGCCUACAACACUGUGGCAACACGGCAACCAGCACCACCAAGGUCACUACUGGCCUACAACAUUGUGGCAACACGGCAACCAGCACCACCAAGGUCACUACUGGCCUACAACACUGUGGCAACACGGCAACCAGCACCACCAAGGUCACUACUGGCCUACAACACUGUGGCAACACGGCAACCAGCACCACCAAGGUCACUACUGGCCUACAACACUGUGGCAACACGGCAACCAGCACCACCAAGGUCACUACUGGCCUACAACACUGUGGCAACACGGCAACCAGCACCACCAAGGUCACUACUGGCCUACAACACUGUGGCAACACGGCAACCAGCACCACCAAGGUCCCUACUGGCCUACAACACUGUGGCAACACGGCAACCAGCACCACCAAGGUCCCUACUGGCCUACAACACUGUGGCAACACGGCAACCAGCACCACCAAGGUCCCUACUGGCCUACAACACUGUGGCAACACGGCAACCAGCACCACCAAGGUCCCUACUGGCCUACAACACUGUGGCAACACGGCAACCAGCACCACCAAGGUCCCUACUGGCCUACAACACUGUGGCAACACGGCAACCAGCACCACCAAGGUCACUACUGGCCUACAACAUUGUGGCAACAGGUGACUUUCAAAAACAAUGGGGAAAUAUAAUACAAAUUAAUAAAAGUUGCAGAUAA